UGGCGUCGCGAGGUGUUGACCAAAUAAGGCAGUUAAAAAUCAAAAGACUUCCUAUAUAAAGGACGUUCGAAGCAAGUAACAAUGAGUUACCAGCUGUAUCGAAAUACAACGUUGGGAAAUAGCUUACAAGAAAGCUUGGAUGAACUAAUUCAGUCUCAACAAAUUAGUCCUCAAUUAGCCCUUCAAGUUUUACUGCAGUUUGACAAAGCAAUUAAUCAUGCAUUGGCCUCACAAGUUAAAACCAGGGCUAAUUUCAAGGGAAGUUUAAAUGUCUACAGAUUUUGUGAUAAUGUUUGGACAUUUGUGCUGAACCAUGUUGAAUUCAAAGAUCUGCCCGACACAGUAAAUGUUGAUAAAGUGAAAGUGGUUGCUUGUGAUGGACGAGGUUCAACAGAUACACAGGUUUAACAGCAAAUUACUGACAGAAUGUGUAACAUCUAUAGGAUAGAUUUAGAUGAGAUGGAUCAUGGUAACUGCAGUGCAAAUGCUUGCACUGAAAAUAUAUGCAUAUAUAAAUGAGAUGAGCAGUUCUACUACCAGAAAAGAUCGUACUCUAUAACUAUAAGGCUGAGGGAAGGGGGGUAAUUUCAAUUAAUAUGUGAAACGUACUUGGAUAUUGUUUGGGUGAUAAUUGUGGAAUAAUGUGUAAACAUUUUUACAACAGUAUUAAAAUGUAAAACUUUGUGGUCAAAAUAAAUUCAUGUUCCCACUUUUUCUCCAGUUGA